AUGACUUAUGCUAUAAAUCUUCGCCAGGGUCCCCGGGCGGCCCUAAUAAGACCAGGUGCUACAGUAACACUUGUUUGUGAUGUUGAUCAGAAGGCUGCCAUCACAGUGUACUGGUAUCGGGCUGAAACGAAUGAAUACCUUAGUCAUGAUCGUACUAUAUUCACUCGAUUACCAGCUGAUAGACGACGGAGGUAUUCCAUCAUAGGCGAUCGAACACAGGACGUAUUCACGCUACAGAUAACCAACGUGGUUCUCGCCGAUGAUGGCACUUACCAAUGUGGUUAUGCUGAUGGUAUAGGCAGGUUUAACGUUCUAGCAUCGGCUAAAGUGACUAUUCUCAUCGCUCCGUCCGAAAAUUCCCCUUUGUGCUAUAUAACCACCUUAAAUGGCGAGUCAAACGUUAGAAGGGUUGGAGACACAGUUGACUUGGUGUGUACGUCGGAGGGCGGUAAUCCUGUCCCUGACCUUACAUGGUUUCGUGGUGAAGAGGAGCUGGAGGAAAAUGAAGGUCUUCGAUACGCAGUUCAUCGCCAGAUCCUACGGCCACAAGACACUAAUAUCAAAUAUACAUGUUUGAUGCGAGGUCCAAUGAUAACUACACGACGUGCAUGUUCAAUUCGACCAAUGGCUGUACCCUCUAAGGUCCAGAUAGAGCCAUCGGUGAAUUCUGUCAAGGUUGGAGAAACAGCCACUUUCACUUGCGCAUUGAUGACUACUAGCAAUGUAGGUGUAAGGGGUUACUCCUGGAACGUAGAACCAUCAGUAAGAGACAUUCACCAGAAUAUACCUGGUAGAAUGCAGCUAAUGCACAAUGAUAAGGUGUUAGAGAUACAGAACAUUCGUGAAGAGGAUGAUAAUACACUGGUGACUUGCCAGGCGCAGACAAUCAACGGAGAGUUGCUUACCGGUACAGCUACAUUGGUUAUUUCAAUUGAACCUACAGGGAUGACGACCGAUAAUCCAGACUUAACGACUUUUAUUCUCAACGGUGGUAAUGAUAUGAACACGGAUGAGACUGAUUGGCAAAGAGCAAUGAAGCCAACACAAAAAAGUACAGAGUUUCCAAACAUCGUUAAGAUCAAUGGCUCAAAUGUCACUGUUGGUAUGAAACCAAAAAUUCCAGCCUUCCUUACCGGGAGGAUAUUUAUCAUGACUUCAUCUGCUGCAGGAGCAUUCAUCUUUAUCGUCACUAUCGUGAUCAUCAUCGUCGUUAAAAUUGUGCGACGACGUAAAGGCAAACGAAUCCCGAUCACAUCUCCUAUAACUGUAAUGGAGCACGGUGGAAACGAUGCCUACGCAACUAUUCUUGAGAUGAAACGUCAGACCGGAAGUACCUAUAAGGGAUCUUCUACACUCCCAAUUCUCAAGUCUGAACGUAAGAUUGGUCUUCCAGACAUGAUGCGAGGUGGUAGUAGCCUUUCAUUGGCAGCUCGUAACGCAACAGCCAGAGGAAAUAUCACCGAGCGUUCUCCUUUAUAUGCAAAGCCUGAAAAAAUCCGAAACAGCAAAAAAGGGCUCUUUGGUGAUUCCAAAAGACAGAGUCUGGUGGAAUCGGCAGAGGAACCAGGAGUUACAGAAUCUAAGCAAGAUGGUGAUGAAGAAAAUAAAGCAAAGGAAUCUUCGAGUCAAGAUCUGAAUGCUGAGGGGUUAAUCUACGCAGAUCUUGUUCUCGGUGAAAAGGACACAAAUUUUACAUCAAAAAAGGGAACUCAAUAUGCCAGUAUUGUACCAUCCGGGAAACCAUAGAGAUAUAGGCACAUGAUGCUAUCAACGCUACGCUACAUUCAUUUGAAGAGACAUUCAAGAUUAGCUUUGAAACCAAGGUUCUAUUUUCAUGACAGUUCUCAUAAAUGAUACUCUUUUCUGAUAAUUCUCCAAGAAUUGCUUUCUAGAAGCAUUUCAUAGUCAAGUUAUCAAUAAAAUUCAUGUUCUCGAUAUAUGUUUUAUGAAUAUUUGCACUAAGCACGGUGUUUUUGUAGUUGUAGUUCGUACUUUUUCAUGUAAAUAUAUCCGUAGUAUGGUAAACUCAAGUGCAUUUAUGUUUUUGUAAUGUUGUAAAUAUGUAUUCAUAUUAUUUGGUAAGAACUAAAUGCUGGUCCAUUUGGAAACCAAUGCAAGUACUCUUUAAUGUUACUCUUUAACAUGAAUAUGAAAGAUUUAUCUCUAAUUGUCCUUGGCGUUAAUAGAGGGUUAUUGCAGUGGACCCUGUUUACAUCAGAGGCAAAAUACUGUGUCAGACGUGUUUGUCAGUGAUCAUAAUAAAAUUUUCUAGACAAUUCAGUUUACAAAUGUCACACGCC